AUGGAUCGAGGAAAAUACCCUCGAGGGCUCAUCAAUAGAGCCAUAAUUGAUGGAGACACGAGGCUACCGGGGGCGCCUCACCCAUCAGAAUACAACUUCAACAUCGCUAUAUCAGACCUUGCGUUCACCGUCAGCAAAACCGGGGACACCAAAUGGCCUACGCCUAUUCAGUUGGAUCCUUCCCAGAGCAAUCACAGCUUGGUAUGUGAACUUCAUAAUAAGCACGGCCACAGGACCAAAGAUUGCCACCAGCUCCGAAAGAAAAUAGCCAAGCUACUCCAUAAAGAUCACCGCCAAGAAUUUUCAGGCAAUCGAGCUCAAGUUCGGUUCCAAGAAAGAAAGGUGGCCAAAAAGAACGAAUCAAAUGGGCAACGACAUGUUAUCACAAUAUUGGAGGGGCAUCGGUACCCCCGGGAACUUGUGAAGAGGAGGACGAAUAUAUCCAUUGCCGGAGAAAGACGAACCUGGGAAUACGUACCCGGAGGUGCCCCCAUAUUCAACAGAAAAAGCUCUGAAACCUCACCCCAACUCCAUAAUAACACACUGGUAACCUCUUUCUUUAUUCAUCCAUUUCGAAUAAAGCGUGCGCUCGUGAAUCCAGGUAGCUCGACCAACAUUAUCAGGUCGAGAGUGACAAAGCAGCUCGGGCUGCUAGACCAAAUCAUGCCCGCCUCUCGAAUCUUUGAUGGGUUCAACAUGACGAUCGAAACAACAAAAGGAGAGACCAUUCUCUUAGCCAACACAACCGGCACAGACCGGAACGCCAAAUCCCAUGUCAUUAAAGGAUACGCGAGGCAAAAAUGCCUUAUUCGGACGGCUGCAGACACACCGCAUGAGAGCGGUACCAUCCCCCUUCGCCAAAUGAUGGAAUCCCUAGCAAAGAACAGAAUUAAAACCGUCUACGGUGAACAACACACGUCAAGGGAAGUGUUCGCAUUAUGUAACGUAGCGCCAGAACCAAUACUUCCACCCUCGAAAGGGUCAAAGGAUAAUCGAACUAUGUCUUCAGCUAAGCCCGAUUAA